GUUAAUAUAGUUCCUAUAAAAAUGAGUCUAGAUGGCUGGAACACACGUAAUACUUUUAAUUUAGUUUCUGACAUGUAAGAAGCAAAUAGUGAUGAAAUUUUCACGCCCAAGUUCUCAGGCCUUAAUGAACCCGAGUUCCUGUCAGACGUAAACACGUUAAUGAGGUCCAUGGAGAGAAAAGCAGCUGGAUAAAAACUUUGACUGGACUCGGACAGCUCACUUUGAGGCAAGAACGCCCGAACAGGCGCGUCAUAAUAUCCGUUAACAGGAACUGCGUUUCUGUGAGGCGACGCCUUUUGGAUUCCUGCCGUCGCUUUGUUGAACUUUUACAAUGGAUCAAACGAACAAUGAACCGAACGUAACAUAUAUUACUUUUGGCGGCCAUGUUGAAUUGCAGAAAUAUCGCUUCCUGUACUUUGUGAUGACGUCCGGCGUGUACGUCCUCAUACUCUGCAGCAACUCGACCAUCCUGUGCCUCAUCUGGAUCCGGAAGAGCCUCCACCAGCCCAUGUACGUCUUCAUCGCGGCUCUGCUCCUCAACUCGCUCCUCCUCAGCACCAACGUCUACCCGAAGCUCCUCAUCGACCUCUUAUCCGACCUGCAGGUUACAUCUUAUUUGGCGUGCAGAAUUCAGGCCCUGAUUUAUUACUCUUUGUGCGGUUCUGAGUUCCUCCUCUUGGCGGCCAUGGCUUAUGACCGCUACGUCUCCAUCUGUAAACCACUGCGAUAUCACACCGUCAUGAGGAAAAGGACAGUGACCGCCCUGCUGGUUCUGGCGUGGCUCCUGCCAUCCUGUCAGCUCGUGCCGUCGCUUAUUCUAGGCGACGGUCUCAAACUCUGCAAAUACACGCUGAAUGGGAUUUUUUGCAACAACGCCGUCACCAAGCUUUCCUGCAUGACCUCAGCAGGGCCCUACAUUAUAUAUGGCGUGUUCAUUUUAGUUAAUACCAUAUUCGUCCCCUUGGCGUUCAUCCUUUUCACCUACUGUAAAAUACUCGUCAUAUCCUACAGAAGGGGCCCGGACGUCAGGAGAAGGGCCGUGCAGACCUGUGCGCCGCACCUGCUGGUCCUCGCUAGUUUUUCGUGUUUGUGUUCGUACGACGUCAUCGUAGCCCGACUGGAAGUCGACUUGCCCAAAGCGGCGCGCUCCGUCAUGACUUUGCAGGUGGUUCUGUACCAGCCCCUGUUUAAUCCAAUAAUCUACGGCCUGAAGAUGAAGGAAAUCCACAAACACCUGAAGAGGCUUUUCAGCCGCAGCAGAGUCUGCGCUUCUGUUGCGCUGAUCGAUAACUGAUAGUUCAGUUCAGGCUACGAUAUAAAUAAAUAUCGUAGAUGUCUUAAAAUAGACGACAGACCCAGAUCCGGUCUCACUAGUGUAAUGACCAAGUUAUUUAUUGUUGAACUGAUUCUUAUAUUUUGUUAGUGUAAUAAGGUUUGUAAGAGUCAACAUUAAACUAGGUCUUGUCAUAUUCUUUUACUGUAAAUCAUUAAUAUAUCUUAUAUAUUUUUUUGUAUUCUUAUAGUAAGAAUUAAUUCUAUUGGACUGGGUCAUGAUAUUCAUUUAAAUUCGUAUUGCAUUUUGUUCCACUAUGCUACACAGUUAAGACAAUGUGACAUUUCAUAGCUUAGUUUUCAUAAGUUCCUUUCUUACGUGAAAACAUCUUCUAAUGGGGACGUUUAUUGUUUGCCUGUGUUUUGAAAAGUUUCCUCUUUUUUUCUUAA